AUGGCAAAAGGAAGAUAUUUUAACAAAAACAAAUAUCAACCAAGAAAACGAAAAUUGGAUGAAAAUUUCGAAUUUUUCAAAUGGAAAUGUUUGGCACCUGAACUUCGACUGUUUAUUAUAAAGAAAAUGGAUCUGAAGACAAAGUUGAGAUUUUCGCAAUGCUCGAAAAAUUCUCGAUCAUUUGUCACAUCGUUGAAAGAUGUGAUUUCGAAAAUCGAAAUAUCGGAUAUUCCACACGAUUAUGCGACUAAUCCGGUGAGUUUUUCGGUAGUCGAAACAAAUAAUCUUCAAAAACAUAUAUAAAAUUAUUCCUUUUUGAAAAAGGUUAACCCCUAAAUUCUUGAACGAUUUUUGUAACUAAUCGCUUAUAAAUUAUCAAAAAAAGUGAAGCUCUCGGUUCUGGAGAUUUAUCUCAUGAAUAUUCAAAAUUAUCUAAUUUUUCAGCUAAAUGAACAUCAUUAUGACGCACAAAUACCGAAUGGAGAAUGGAACAGGAUAAUUCGUGAUGAGUCUUUGCGACGACGACAGGGACUCGAACCUCAACUCAAAAAUGGUUGUCGCGAAAAACUCAAAAUCUCACACAACAUUUAUGACAACAAUGAUAACUGGCGCCAACAAACUUGUGAUUAUUGGAUCGAAUUCGAACAAUUUGAAGGCAACAAAACACUUGUGAAAUAUCGAAAUUGGCCAAUUUAUCUUUAUGGAAAUGGUGAAGUAAAAUGGGAGAAAAUCGAGGAAGGAGAUACAAGUACUGUGACAUUGAGAUAUUUGGAAUAUUAUUUGGAACAAUGGGGAAAUGUGUGUCCAGCUUUCAGUUUUCGAGUGAGUUUUCAACUGAAAAUCGUGACAAAAAUCUAAAUUUGAUAUUUUUUUGGCUUAAAAAAUCACCAAAGUUUCUUUUUUUCAGACUGAGGAUAUUUCGACAACUGAUGUCAAUUUGAAUCGAAUGAAUAACUUAAGAGAAUUGCAAGGUGGCUAUUAUGAAUGGGAAGGAAAUAUUCGGGGAUGUAUUAGUUAUGACAAAUUGAUGAACCUCGAUAAACUCGACAUUUGUGAUGAUGAAUACACUGACUUCAAAGAUGUCAAAGAUUUUCAAGGAACAAAAUUGAUAAUUCAGUGUGAAUUCGAGGAAGAUGAAUUGAAUCCGAUGCUUUUGCUUCUCAAAAAAGGUGAAAUUCUUCCAAAUAUUCGAUAUUUCUUAUUGAAAACAAACUCGAUACAUGAAUAUGUAAAGGACUUCAAAGUUAUGGAGCAUUUGAAAGAUUUGGAGAUUUUUCAAUUAAAAGCAAUUUAUGACAUUGAAAGCGAUUGUGAUGAUGAAGAAGAAUCAUACGAAGAAGAAGAAAUCUAUUCAAAUUGUAAAUUUUCAAUGAAAUCAUUGAACCGAGAUGGUCAAUAUAAUGUUAAAAUAUUAAUGGAGUAUGACACUUUUUCCAUGCAAAUCAUAUGGAAAGACAAUUCAUUGGAAUGA